AUGUCUGGUCGCGGGAAGACGGGUGGCAAGGCGCGCGCCAAGGCGAAGUCGCGUUCCUUGCGUGCCGGGCUGCAGUUCCCGGUGGGGCGGGUGCACCGCCUGCUGCGCAAGGGCCACUACGCCGAGCGGAUCGGCGGCGGGGCGCCCGUGUACUUGGCGGCCGUGCUGGAGUACCUGACGGCCGAGAUCCUGGAGCUGGCGGGCAACGCGGCGCGCGACAACAAGAAGAGCCGCAUCAUCCCGCGCCACUUGCAGCUGGCCGUGCGCAACGACGAGGAGCUGAACAAGUUGCUGGGCGGCGUGACCAUCGCGCAGGGCGGAGUGCUGCCCAACAUCCACGCCGUGCUGCUGCCCAAGAAGACCGAGGCGCUGCACGCCGCCGGCGCCGCCUCCAAAGCCGCCAAGCCCUCCAAAGUGGCCGUCAAGUCGGCCGCCGGCCCCGUGGCCGUUCAGUAA